AUGGUCGCCAUAGUGAGCGUAAUUGCUUUCCACACAGCCGGAAGGACUGCUGAAAUCCUUUCGCUGAGAAUUGAAGAUCUAAUCUUCAAGCAGAAAAAGGAGGCGUUAUAUAUUAUAAUGCCUCUACGAACCAGCAAGACCAACGCCAGCAAAAGGAAACGAGAAAGCCUCUCACUUCCAAUUCUGCCCGAUUUUCCCAUCAACAUCAAACAAUGGAUUGAAAAACUGAUCGACGGAAGGGAGUCAGGGAAGCUGUUUGCUGCCCCAGAACUUAAGAGAGGUCUGGUCACAGCUACGAUCAACUAUUAUUAUAGAAAGACAGCGGCGUUGCUGAAUUGGGAAAACGCUCCGAGCGGGCACAGUAUGCGUUGCAGCUACGUAAUCGCUGCUUGUGAAGCCGGAGUCGACGAUAGUCUCAUAAUUUCGGUAUGUCGGUGGAAGUCGGCAGAAAUGCUCGAGGUCUACAGAAGCUAUUUCUUGUUGGACUCAGAGUAUGGAGCUCACUAUCGCAUCGCGGCAAUGGUUGAGAGAAAGCGCCAGGAAGACGAAGGGGCGACCCUCGUCCUCCAAACCUCGCGAACGCUCUGA